AUGAUUAAGAUUCAGAAUACUAAUCUUCGAUUGGUUCCAACGAUUGAUCAGUAUCCAGAACCAAUAUGGAUGCUUGUUCAAACCAUAAACAACUCCGUAUUAUCAACUGCAUUGUAUUCUUCAUUAACGGUUCCAAUGAUGUGGAUUUCUCUAGCUAGUUCCACUGCUAUUUUCAACAAAACAACGCAGGUUGUCACAUUUCAAUUGAGAAAUUCAAAGACGGUGAAGCUUACAAGGAAGAAUUUUCCCCAACUCCUGAUGUUGCUUGUAUCAGGUACAUUUAUGACGUUUCUACUGAUCAAGUACUUCAUAUGUCCAAUGAAAUGGUGCAUCUCCCAAUUCUUACUGGGAUAA